UUGGUGACGUCAGCAGGGCCAGCGUUUACUUUGGCUCCGCUAGUCUUUCGUCUCCGUGUCGCCGCCAUUAAGUAACACUGGGGCAAUGUAAACCUCGCAGAGUCGAGGCGUUCACAGGCCCGGCCGAGGGGGCUGUUUGUUCUGCGGAGUGGUUCAUGUAUCCGUAUAGGUAAAUAUGUGAGAGAAUAAAAGACGACAUAAUACGUCGCUUCGGGAAAGAUUUGACAGAGCAGGAGGUGGAGGAGGAGGAGGAAGAAGAAGGGGGGACCGGACGAGUAGUGUUUGUUGUGGUUUUCCAACACUUGGGAAGGAGCACAGCUGCCAAACGGCUGACCAGGUGAUCCACAAUGACAGACCAGAGGGACAAAUGGGCCUGUGACUACUGCACAUAUGAAAACUGGCCCUCGGCCACCAAGUGCACAAUGUGUCGCGCACAGAGGUCCAGGGCUCCCAUCAUCACAGAGGAACCUUACAAAAGCAGCCCCGAUCCGGACCCCGGUCAUGAGUGGGACCUCCCCGCCAGUGAGGGCGGCAGCAGCCUCCUCAUCUGCCCGGACUCCAGCGCCAGACCCAGGAUACGCUCAGCCAGCAUGGCCGAGAUGGCCACCAAGUGGUCCUGUCACAUGUGCACCUACUUGAACUGGCCACGGGCCAUCCGCUGCACGCAGUGUCUGUGUCAGCGCCCCAAAAGCUGCAGCCCCACGGAAUCGCCUCACACAUCCAGCUCCAACGUGGGCGGCCGCCCCGUGCUGCAUCCCCCCGUGGAUCCCUGCGAGGAGUACAACGACCGCAACAGGCUCAACACCCACCAGCAGCACUGGACAUGCUCGUCUUGCACUUACCAGAACUCGCCCAAAACGCUCAAGUGCGUGGUGUGCAACCACCCGAAGCCGUACCACCACGAGGCCAUUGAACUGGCACAGCCCGUCGAUCACUCGCCCGUCAUCAACGAGCAGGACCGGUUGAGGUGGAGGGCCGGCGGCGGUGGCGGCUGCAGCGGAGGCCAGGGUCAGAGGAGGUCACCUCCUUUAGCCAAGAGGGACGACCACGUCCAAAUGGAUUUCCAAAGGAUAGAACUGGCGGCUGGAGCCAUGAGCGGCAAGGAGGAGCAGGAAAUGGACUUCAAGAAGCUGAAGCAGAUACGGAACAGGAUGAGGAAGAUGGACUGGCUCUUUCUUAGUGCGUGUGCGGGUGUGGUGGAAGGAGACCUGGCGACGGUGGAAGCCUACAAGUCGUCCGGCGGCGACAUCGCCCGACAGCUCACGGCCGACGAGGUGCAGCUGCUGAACCGGGCGUCGGCCUUCGACGUGGGCUUCACGCUGGUCCACCUGGCCAUCCGCUUCCAGAGGCAGGACAUGCUCGCCAUCCUCCUCACCGAGGUGAACCAGCAGGCGGCCAAGUGCAUUCCCUCCAUGGUCUGCCCUGAGCUGACGGAGCAGAUCCGAAGGGAGAUUGCGGCCACGCUACACCAGCGCAAAGGAGACUUUGCCUGCUACUUCCUCACCGACCUGGUCACCUUCACGCUACCUGCAGAUAUCGAGGACCUGCCGCCGGCCGUCCAGGAGAAACUGUUUGACGAGGUUUUGGAUCGAGACGUCCAGAAAGAGCUGGAGGAGGAGUCUCCCGUCAUCAACUGGUCCAUGGAGCUGGGCACGCGUCUGGACAGCCGCCUGUACGCCCUGUGGAACCGCACGGCUGGAGACUGUCUGUUGGAUUCGGUUCUGCAGGCCACGUGGGGGAUCUAUGACAAGGACUCGGUCCUCCGCAAGACCCUCCACGACAGCUUGCACGACUGCUCGCACUGGUUUUACACCCGCUGGAAGGAGUGGGAGUCCUGGUACUCGCAGAGCUUCGGCCUCCAUUUCUCUCUACGGGAGGAGCAGUGGCAGGAGGACUGGGCCUUCAUCCUGUCUCUGGCCAGUCAGCCUGGGGCGAGCCUGGAGCAGACCCACAUUUUCGUGCUGGCGCAUAUCCUCCGCAGACCCAUCAUCGUCUACGGCGUCAAAUACUACAAAAGCUUCCGUGGGGAGACGUUAGGCUACACCCGUUUUCAAGGCGUGUACCUGCCGCUGCUGUGGGAACAGAGCUUCUGCUGGAAGAGCCCCAUCGCCCUGGGCUACACCCGCGGCCACUUCUCGGCCCUGGUGGCCAUGGAGAACGACGGCUACGACAAUCGGGGCGCGGGCGCCAACCUCAACACGGACGACGACGUCACCAUAACCUUCCUGCCGCUGGUGGACAGCGAGAGGAAGCUGCUGCACAUCCACUUCCUGUCGGCGCAGGAGAUGGGCAACGAGGAGCAGCAGGAGAAGCUGCUGCGCGAGUGGCUGGACUGCUGCGUGACGGAAGGCGGGAUGCUGGCCGCCAUGCAGAAGAGCUCCCGCCGCCGCAACCACCCUUUGGUCACGCAGAUGGUGGAGAAGUGGCUGGACCGAUACCGCCAGAUACGACCCUGCGCCUCGCUCUCCGACGGCGAGGAGGACGAGGACGAAGACGAGUGACAAUUUCACCCCCCCGCCGCCUCCUUCCUAGCGCACGUGUUCUAGAGCGGAGCGGAGAACCCCCGACUUGGUCGUCACGUCCUCGCCUUUCAAGAAGCUCCACCCCUGAGAAGAACUAGCACACGUCAUAGAACAGUACUUAUUUAAUCCUUGAGAAAACUGCACUAGAUACUUUGCUUUUGUUUGUGGUUUGCCUGACAGAAAUUUAGCUCCGCCCCCUCCUAGCAUCCCACCUAUUUAUUGACUUGACUUUGUUUUGCACAGAGUAACAGCUGCAUUCUGUGAGGGGGAAGGGGGGGGGGUCGUGGUGGCGGCGGGGCAUUGACCUCCGAGUUUACUGACAAUUUUUACAUUCUGACAAAAUGGCGGCGCGAAAAGAGAGCCAAACACUACGCUCUCUUUCUACGGAGUGCAGUCAUGUGAUUAAAUUUCAUUCACUUGCAUCUUCCUUCCUCUGGUUCUUAUUUUCCUGGGAUUGAACGUGUCCUCAAAUCCACACGCCAGUCCCGGACGGGACGUCUGCAAAUAAGCCCAGCACCUCAAAUAUAUUAUAUAAUAAUAUUAAAAAUAAUAUUACUUACCCUUUUAACCGGUACCAGCACGCGGCAUCUGUAAAGCUG